AUGUCAGGAGAUGUGCAUUUCUUCGAAGGCUCUGAAAAACUUAUGGAGAUUUGGUGGGAUUCGCCAUCCAAGCUGACAGGACCAGCUAUGAACGACGCCGAUUUGAGACGUAUACCUCGGUAGGUUUAACCGCAAAUGUUUCACUUUCCAAGACUAUUUAGGAGAAUUUAAAUGGUUUAAUAUUAAAUUUGAAUGUCUGUGUGCUUUUGGAAGGGCAAAAUGGUUAAAUAUUGGUCGUUUGUUUUGAUGGAUUUUUCGCAUUUUUUGUCUGUUUGCAUUGACCACAACAUUGUGCAAUAGUUAAUUAUUAAUAAUGUAGUAUGGCACACAAGGCAAUAUUUUAACACGAAAUUAUGGCGCUGUUCAUUAUAAAAAUUUCAGGUCACUUUCAAAGCGUGAUCCAAGUUUUUUUUGUGAAUAUAAUUUUUCAAUAAUGUUUCUAAAUUUGGAACUUCCACGCCCAAUAUUCCAAAUUAGAAACGUAACUGGCCCACAUGCGGACAUUUUUCUUUACAGGCGUAAAAAUCACACAUCUUGUAGCAAGUCUGCCAACAAGCCGUGAACAAGUUGUGUUCGCACUGCUUGUCCCAAGUUGUCAACAAGUUUGGAACAAGCUGUUAUAAACAAUUUGUAACAAUCUUGUUGAUAUUAUAAGACUUGUUGCAAAGUUGUUCCAAUAAGUCCGGUACAGUUAUGAUAUAACAAUAUUGUUGCAACCUUGUUCAGUCAACGUUGUAACAUUCUUGUUAUAUCACGACUGUAUCAGACUUGUCAGAACAACCUUGUAGCAAGUCUGAUAAUGCCAUCAAUCUUGUUACAAGUUGUUAAGCCCUGAUAAGCCCUGGUUUAAUGUGAGCCCCCCUGAUAAGCCCUGGUUUAAUGUGAGCCCCCCUGAUAAGCCCUGGCUUUUGGGGCAAAUAUCUUAAUAAAGCUUAUAUAAAAAGUGAGCCCCCCUGAUAAGCCCUGGCUUUUGGGGCAAAUAUCUUAAUAAAGCUUAUAUAAAAAAACCCCAUAAAUUACGUUAAAUUUUAUAUAGAGAGAAAAUGGAGAAAAUUUUGGAUAUAGCAGGUUGUAAAAUCAUCAGUGAGAUAAAAAAUGAACACAUGACGGCUUAUUUAUUGAGGUACAUACUAUAUUAAAGUGCUUAUAUGACACAAACAUUCUAAGACAUUGAGAUAUUAGAUAACCAGUGAUAGCGCAACAGAAAAUAUAAAAUACCCAAUAACAUGGGAAAAACCUGAUUGGCUGAGUUCAAAGGAGAACAAAGUUCUGGCCUUGAAUAACAAGUCGCAUCACACACAGGAAUUGCCGUUAUUUUCAACCUCCCUUGCUGAUUUCAUUUGUUCAAUAGGAUAUCAUAUUACGCUGCAGUAUAUCAGAAACAUUUUUGCAUCGAAAAUUUAGUAGUUUGAAGCAUUGAGAGCAUUAAAAUUUACAAUGAACAUCAAGUGUCCAGAAAAUAUUGUUUCUAUUUUAAAAAUCAAAGUCCAACGUUUGUUCAUAUUUAAGUCCAGCCAAUCAGAAUCCAUUACGUUCAGUCAUGACCAAUCAGAAUCGACUACCCAGAUCUGGGUAGCACAGCUGGGGGUUGACAAGCAAUGUCACAAGUUUUCACAGACUGUAUUACAGCAUAAUACAGUCAGUACACAGCCUCACUAUGUCAUGCUAUUUUAUUGCUAGUGAAAGUAGUAUGUACAUAUCACGGGAUCGAAUUAUCCUCAAGACAUGUGGCACGACCCCCCUGCUCCGAGCAGCAAUACAACUUACGAAGGUCGUUGAGGAGGAAUGUGGCUUGACUGAAGUGAAGGUAAACUCAAUCACUGUUUGUCACUAAUAUCUGAUAAGGAUAAGCCAAUCCCACAUAGGCCUUUAACUCAUUGGCUGGCUUUGCCAAGUUCGCUCAAUUUUGGGCUGAGCAUAGGCUAGCAUUCGGUAAGUAUGAUAUUAAAUGCAAAUUGAAAGCAAGGUGUUUUCUUACAAUAUUUUCGCAAAUAUCGACGAAAAUGUGCAUUUUAGGAAGCCGUUUGACGGUAAUAAUUACCAGGUAAAUAUGGUGCUUACAGUCGCAAUUUUUCGUCAGCUGAUUGCUCUCAAAGGUCUUUGACAAGCUUUGAAAGUAGACAGAAAAAAUCUUUGAAAGUCUUUGAAUAUUUUUGGUCUUGGAGACUAUGAACCCUGCCAUGGAAAACCUGUGCACACUUCGACUCCUUGCAGGCGAGGCUAGAUCCACCUCUGGUGAUGUACUGAAAAAAAUUUAAGUUUUAGACCCUAAUGAAUUUUUUUCUUACAUUUUAUAGGAUAUGUUUUAUUCUCGAAAAGGUUUCAUACAACCACAUCUACAACAAGCACCCCACCAAACGUUUCAGCAAGAGGUUAGUUUUCAUCAGGUUUUGAAGACUUGCACUGAAUAAUACUGUCCUAAUUUUUAUGCAUUUUAUAUAGGUUGAUGUCUUAGAUGACUUUUUUCCAGGUACAGAAUCAUGUUAGAAAAUAUGUUUAUAAUUUUUAAGUCUUUUAGAUGGGAGGGCUCUUAUUUCUUUACCUAAAUAAAAAUUUGGAAUGAAAAAGUCAGUUGUAUAUUUUUACUGUAGGUGGUGGUGCGUACACACUGGGCAGAUUAAAUAGUGACCAUUGCUGGCAUUUGUUCACUACUGACAACUCUACUGAUGGAUUGAAAAUACCUGAUCAGACCCUUGAAGUAUCCUCAUGAAAAUACAGUAUUAGUUAUUACAUAUAUGGUGUUUAGCCUUUCUCACACCCGCCAAUUUUAGGGUGCUGCCUUUCCCAAGUCUGAGAGUGUAUGCACCGCGAAAUGCAACAUUUUUAACUAUAGUUACAUGUAUAAUAAUUAUGGUAAAUUUACAGUUACAACUUUAAAAAAGUCCUUUGUAAUCUGCUUUGGCACUCUGCAAUUGCCAAAGCACUGAGCCAUUAUUGAGAAUGUUCUGACUUGAAUCAUACAUGAUUAUUACUAUUAUUGAAAAGGAUAUAUUGAAUUCCAGCUAAGUACUAGUUAAAACAUAUGAGCAGCCGAUCUUUAUCUGAUAUUUUUAAUAAAGAACAAUAAAGAACAGAUUUUUUAAAGUUAUUUAGUUUUGUCCGAGCAUGUUUUCCUCCAGGAAAAAUUGCAGUUUGGAUAAACUUUCUUAACAUGUUAUUCAGAUUUUAAUGAAUGAUCUUGACCCCAGUAUUUUGAAACAAUAUUAUAAAGGUUACUAUCAAGAUGCCAAGGAACUCACUAAAGUAAGUCUAAAAUUAGUACUCUUCUUCACAGAGGGUGGGGAAAAUAUUCUAUUUUUUGGAACAUCAUCAUAUUUCCUGCAGCAUGAAAACAUAUUCUUUAACUUCUCAACAUGACUGAAUAUGUUAUGUACAACUCUUUAAUUUCUGUGUUGGUGUAAUGUACUCAGGUGUAUAAGAUGUUUGUGAUGUUACUCUGAGUGUAUAUCCACACCGGACAAGCUUGAAAAAUAUGCCUGGCCACGGUGGAAUAGUUAGGGUUAGUUCUUUGUAGUUUUGUAUGAGGAAUUAUAACAAUAUACAGUGAGUUCUGCAUGGUUUGUGUAAACACCACAUACAGUAUAUUUAUUUUUGCAAAGCUUUUGAUCUGUAAAUCCAGAUGUUCAUCAUAUAUUAUUAGCACUGAUGAAGAUCCGUACUUAAGAAUUGAAAGCUUUGCUUUAAUAAAAUUUAAUAUACAUCGUGUUUCCACAAACCAGUACUUAUAUUAGGCACAUUGUUCAGCCACUUUAACAAGGGCCAAAAACCUGCCGUAUACUUUCCAUUUAUCUCUUCCCUUAACUUACAGUAAACCUGUAAGUUGUACUUUGUUUGCUGUGCUUGACUUUUUGCGCAAUAAACAAUCAUACACUGCAUAACGCACAUGCCAGUUUAUUAAUUUUUUCAAUCAAAACCAUAGUGAUUAAUAUCACAAAUUAUUCACAAAAUUAAUUCAGAUAUAUCCGUUUCCCAUGCAUUACAUUCAUUUGUCAAAAUUUUUGGGAAAAUCAAAACACUUAAUCCACUAUAUAUUCUUGUUCAAAAUGGUUCCAGAGUGUUGGUAUAAACGAUCUAAUUCCUGGCACAACAAUUGAUGACUACAUAUUUGAACCUUGUGGUUAUUCUGCUAAUGGCAUUUUGAAGGUAUAGAUUGUGUUUAUUUUUGCGGUCCUUGCUAAAAACUACCCUUCUACCUUAGCUAUGCUCUAUGAUGGACGUAAAAUUGUGCACCCCCCCUCCAGUAUUUCUCAACAGAUUUAAACAUCUUUUAAAGGUGGUCCUAAAGGGAAGUGGGGGCCUCAUCCCCCCGCCCCCUCCCUGGCUACCCCUCUGUCCUACAGAACUGGCCAGAACCUUUACACCUUCUUCUAUUAAGUUACUUCAUUUUAUUCUUCCUGACAAUCAAUGAUGAAUUAUGAAUCGCUACAUUGAACAAAAUUGUAUUGAAAAGAUACAUUCUUUCUGAGAUAGUCAGGGGUAGUUUGAAUAACAUCUCAAACGUGAGGGUCGAUUAACAGGGACAGACUGACAGCUUCAAUCGGGGGCGCCCAUUCAGCAAGUUGCUGGGGGAGGGGGUUUGGACGAUCUGGGACCGACUUUCUUGUAUUCUACAACCAGUGGCAGUGGAACAGGUUUUAUUUUUGGGAAGCAUAAUUAGUAAUUAGUUCCAGGUAAGUUGGGAACAGGGGUGGAAAAAUAGGCGAGCACGGCAGCACUGCGCGCAUGAAAUGUUAAACAGCUGCAGGAAAUUCAUUUGAAUGAAGAUUUGCUAUAAUUGAAAAUUUGAAGGAAACCUUAACACCCAUGUCCCACUAUGGGCGCAACAAUAUUGUAUGGUUGACAGACACUAUUCCUUGAAUUUAAAACCAUGGUCAGCUAGAACACCAUAUGUUUAUGCACAUGCAGAUUUAGCACAAAAAUACUCUGUUGGUCUGCAGGUAAUUUUUGUCUCCAGGUUGUUCUCCCAGGAAGAAAACAUUUUUUUUCCUGCCCUGGUUGGGAACCAUAGUUAAGAUAUAUUUUCAGCCAAGUGCAAACAUGCACGAUACGCAAAACAUGAUUGAACUGUAACAGAGUAGCAUAAUCAUCAAUGAUUCCUCCCUCCGUUAGCGAGGAUCUUAUAGCCUUGUCUUAACUAAAUUCAUUUUCGUGAACGAUCUUUCACACAAGCAUUGUGUGUCAUUCAAUUUCCUUACGCCCCUUUUUUAGACAGUCCAGACAGCAAUCGCCAUUGUAGUAUUAUCAAGGGGUCGACCAUUAGAAAAGUGAUGGGGGGGGGGGCGACUUUUUUAACUUGUACGAGUUUUUUUGCUUCGGUCGAUAAUUUUUUAAAAAUAUAAUCCCUUGCACGAAUUUUUCUGGGUGUGCAAAUUUUCUUUCUUUCUGUUUCCCCUGCGCGAUUUUUUGCUCCCCCCCCCCAUCACUUUUUUAAUGGUCCGCCCCUAAAUGUUUUUUUUUUCACUCAUGUGUUACAGUGUACAUAUUUUUCUUACAUUAGGAUUCAUAUUUUACCAUUCACGUAACGCCACAAGAGGAAUUUUCUUAUGCAAGUUUUGAGACAAAUGUCAAGUUUGUAAGUGAGAGUCUAUAGAUAGUCUUUUAGUCUAUAGCUAAAAAAGCCCGUGUUACCGCAGCAAGCUAAAACGAACGCGGCUUCAUUAUUUAUGUACAGCCAUGGAAGUUCGUAAAUUAGAGUGUUGCAACUUACAACGGACAGAAUUUUCUCCCUAUUUAGGGCGCGGUCCAGCCUAGUCCCAGGCUCUCUCUCUUUAUUCGCUGCUUCGAUAUAUUUAAAUAAGUCUUAAAAGUUUUAUGCCUGGGUGUGCUGUGCGGAACGCAUCAGCGAGAGAGCCUAGCAGAUUUCGGUAAAAUGGUCCCUGAUUUCAAAAAAGUGGUCCCUGGCCUGGUUACCAAGCAUACCUCAUUUGUAAAUGGAAAUGUUAUGGAAAUUUCCUUUGCAUUUAUAAUUAAGUCAUUAGUUUUGCUCUAAUGCUGUCGGAACAAUGAAGUAGGCUACGUUUCGCUGCCAUACGGUCAGAAUGGAAUAACAGGCUAAAUAUGACUCGUGUUUACUAAAAUAUAUAGCCUUAUUUUUCACCCUGCUCGGUUUCCUUUGUUCUUAUCGGGGAAUAUCUUCAAUAUUCCACUCUAUUCAAUUUCCGUUUUUCACCCUGCUCGGUUUCCUUUGUUCUUAUCGGGGAAUAUCUUCAAUAUUCCACUCUAUUCAAUUUCCGUUUAAUAAUCCCCUCUAAUAUUCACCUGCAAUUAAUAAUCCCCUCUAAUAUUCACCUGCAAUGGUCUUUGCAGCACAAAAAAUGAGAAAAAACAACAUCGAAUAAUCCCCUCUAAUAUUCACCUGCAAUGUCUUUGCAGCACAAAAAAUGAGAAAAAACAACAUCGCAAAAGCAAUACGGCAUUGAGAAUUAUUUCUUUUCUGACUCAUUAACGCGACCUCGCAGUGUGAAAAAUAAGUACGUUAUUUUGAGGCACCUCGGGGAUAUGUGUUUAUUCACCUCGGCGCUGCGCGCCUCGGUGAAUAAAUCACAUAUCCCCUCGUUGCCUCAAAAUAACCUAUACAUAUUAAAUGCUAUCUAGAAGCUUGAAAAUUAUGCCGAGUCUCCGACUAAAAAUGUUUUGACAACACCGUCAUGUCAGGCAAAUAUUUCCAAUCUCCUCAGCAAUUUAACCCUGUCAAGUAGAAAGCGUAGUUGUGUAUACCAGUAUGGUCUAGUGUUGAUCACAACUUGCGAGUAUAUAAAUAACAUCAACGAUUGCUCAAACUCAGUAUCGUAAAUUUGUAUAUAAAUUUUUUUAGUUGAGCACAUUUUAAUACAGUUUGAUUUGGUUAUGUAGACAUCGAACAUGUACAUGAUGAACGAACAUUGUCGUAUUUAUAAUUAAAAGGUUACUUGUAUAUAUAAAUUUUCCGCCAUAUUAAAAUACUGAAAUCUGCUAGGCGUUCUGAAGCACCUUGAGCGGUGACGUCACACCUAGGUCCCAGUCUCGUACUACAUCCACUUUUUUUCUCGCGCUUGCUUCAGAACGACUGGGACUAGCCGGGCGCGGUCAUUAUUUACGCAUGAGGGGGGUAGCAACGAAGAGAAAUGUUUAGAAGUAUUAAAAUAAAAACUAUUAUUAUCAUAAAUUAUAAUAUCAAUUAAAAAGUAAAUACCCACCCUGGCUAACUGGCUAACUUGAUAACUGCUUGUGCAAUUUUCUGCAGUCUAAAGUUUAAUCAUGUCGUACAUUCUUUCGAUACACCAUAUCUGAAAUCCUGGCUACAGUUAGACCCUGGGGGCGUUGUGUAUCAGCCAAAAAUGGCGGCCUGCUCGCAUAGCAGGAGAAAGGCUAAUUAGUCUCUUUGACCACACAGGACUCGCUCAAAGAAUUGAUCGAAAAAGUUCUGAAAAUCUUUAAACCAGGGAGGUUUAUCAUGACGUUGUUUGGAAAUUCUGUGAGUAUUUGAGACAAUAUUUCUAUAUUUCUAGAAACAUUUUUGGAAAAAUUUUGAUGUCACCCUGUCAAUCUUUGACAAAAUUAUUUUUAAUAGAUUGCUCCAUGUGGCAAUUCUUUGCGAACGUUCGAGAAAAGCUUCGCACCGUACAAGAGAAAAGAUCUUCAUUUCGCUUGCUUCAGGAAUUACAACUUGACGUACGGCUAUUACGAACAUCUGUGAGUUUUGACAAUCUCCACUAUUCGACAGUGGAUUUUAUAUUAAUAUAUAUAAUAUAUAUAUAAUCACAACUAUAUAAUAGUUAGUUAAUAUUGUAUGCAACUGGUUUGUAAUCGUAGCAAGCUUGUCAACAAAGUUGUAACCAUGUUGUUAUUUGAUCAAGUUGCUGCAAGGUUGUCACUCACAAGUUGUUGACAAAUUGUUGAAUCGCAGGACGAUAAAGGCCCUGUCACACUAUUGCGUAUCAUACUAGCGUAUUCCAGCGUAUGAAAAAUAUCACUCAUACGCCGGUAUACGCUGACAUACGCUAGGGGUAAGUUAGGCGUAGGUUGUAUACGUUUCAAGCACGGUCGCAUACGGUGACAUACGCUGGCAUACGGCGAGCCAGAAAAAAAUUUUUUAAGCAUGUUCAAAAAUUUUGUGCGUAUCGGACGUAUGCUUUAUACGAUAAGCAUACUCUAGGCACACGCUGAAUACGCUAGAGGUACGCCAGAUGUACGGUACUCAUACGCUGGCAUUUCAAAGGAUUUUUGUGCGUAUGAAAAUUAUUUCAUUAAUUUUCAUACGCUUCUCAUACGUUUCUCUCAUACGCAAUAGUGUGACAGGGCCUUAACAAGUUGUUGGAACAACUUGUAAUAAGUCUGUUGGGCUCGACAAUCUUGUAGCAUGACGUUGUCAACAAGCCGUUGACAACUUGUCAACAAGCAGUGCGAACCUAUCCUGUCGACAAGUUGUUGAAAUAGCAUAUUGGUAUGGCAAGACAUAAGAACAUAUAUUCCGAAGUUGAGGCUGUCGCCUCGAGUUUUAUAUCUGAUAAAGCACUCGUGUUCGAGUUGUAUAAAUAGUACAUCGAUAUUAAUAUAUUAUAUUUAUGGAUUAUGUUUCAUUACUGUAUGACUAUAAAGUUUUGCACCAAAAGGGUAGUUGACACAGAGAUGAAAGAUUAUCACCUUUUCAAUUCCACAAUUUUCAAAUUUUGACCUUGAUCCACCGAGGGGCGGAAAUUGAAGCCAGUCUUGUAUGCUCUAGGCCCCCACGCGGAAAUUCUCUGACUCGUUAAGAAAAAUCGGCAUCAUUUCAUGUAGAAAUUUCAUAAUUUUUCUGCCGACUGUUUUUUAAGUCCGGCUUUGUCAUGACCCUAAGAACCUAGAAGUGCUCUUUCAGAAUAACUACAUUUUAGAAACACUUCAUCAUGAAAGGCAAAGUUAUUUGACGAGUGACAAUUGAAAUAUUCUGUAUUGGGUAUUAGAGAGGUGCUCGUAUUAGAGAGAUGUUCUUAUAUUAGAGAGGUGUUCGUAUUAGAGAGAUGUCCAUAUUAGAGAUGUUCGUAUUGGAGAGAUGUUCUUAUAUUAGAGGUGUUCGUAUUAGAGAGAUGUUCUUAUAUUAGAGAGAUGUUCGUAUUUGAGACGCGUCCGCAAGAAGACAUUCGACUGUAAAACUAAAUAAACCUAUCGAUUUUGUUCAUUCCAUUUAAUUUCGGUUUAUCAAUUUGAAAUCAAACAAUUAGUCUAAUUCACGCGCUCAGAUUACAAUAUUUGAUUUUGAUAAAUUGUUGAUAAACAAGUCCAAUAAAGUCGGCAAAUAAGUAUCAAAAACUCGUUUUGUUUUAAUAUGCAUAUAUAUUGAAUUUCAAGAUGACUUAAUUAUUCGUUCGAACCUGUUUCUUUUAUAUAUAUUUUUUAAAAAUCAUUGCCAAGCCGUGGUUUUUAAACAAAGUAGUGGAAUAAUCGUUGCCUUGCAAUUCUAUAUAAAUUAUGUCAGCAUGAUAAUCAUUCUUCCCAAGAAUUGUAAUUAAAUUUAACAUUUGAUUCAGUAAAGUAUAUAAGCUAUCCAAAUCUAAUUAAGUCGGCAAAAUAAAAUAUUAUUUCCAUGUAAAUUAUGUUUACAGUCAUAAAGAUUUCAAAUGCUAUAUAUAAGCACGCUUUGCGCGAAGUAUACAUUGUCACUUUGUCUUUAGUUUUGCGUUUGAACAGAGAUUGAUAAAAUUGUCUUUACCUUUUAAAAAUGGAUAAGAUUUUGUUGUUCAGUUUGGCGGUAGUGUUCUUGACUGCUGGCACACAGUCAUUGAGCUGCGAAUGUGGCCCCACAUGUACUCCCGUGAAAGAUCUGAAGUGCAAAGGCGGGACAGUCACUGAUAUGUGUGGAUGUUGCGAUGUCUGCGCGAAGGUUGCUGGCGAUGUUUGCGGUGGGCCAUAUGACAUGAUGGGCAGAUGCGACCAAGGUCUUCGUUGUGAUAUUCGUGAUCCAAGCGAUGUCAAUUCACAUGGCGAAUGUGUCGAAGUUGACGAAGGAAUAAUUCCUCCGUUGGAAUAUUAG